AUGCCAAUUCCGGAAUAUUUUGCACUGCAGGAUAAUCGAAUGCCGCGAAUUGGUUUCGGCACUUGGCAGGCGGCUGAUGACGUUUUGGAAAAAGCGGUGGAAUCUGCCCUGGUGGCCGGGUACCGCCACUUUGAUUCAGCCCGCGCCUACGAGAACGAAGCCGCUCUUGGGCGCGCUUUGCGACGCUGGAUUGACGGCGACCCUGCAAAAAGGAAGGAGCUGUUUGUCGUCACAAAAUUACCUCCUAGCGGAAAUCGUCCGGAUUUGGUUCCGGAAUACUUUGAGGGCUCGUUUAAUGAUCUCGGCCUGGAUUAUCUCGACCUCUACUUGAUGCAUACACCGUUCGCCUUCGAGCACGUCCCCGGUGACCUGCACCCUAAGAAUCCCGACGGCACCAUGAAAGUUGACCACACUACGGACAUGAUCGGCGUUUGGAAGGCACUGCUCAAACUAAAAGAGACGGGGCGCGUUCGACACGUGGGUGUUUCAAACGUGAACGAGGAACAAUUGAGGCGUCUGUGCGCUGUGGAAAAGCCGGAGUGCCUGCAAAUCGAGAUGCAUCUUUUGUGCCAGCAAAAGGCAAUGAUUUCUGUAGCCAAAGAGCUUGGCAUACCGGUUGUGGCCUAUUCGCCCCUUGGCUCUAAGGCCUUAACAGAUGCUCUGGCAGCCAAAAAUGGUCGCGUGUAUCCCGACCUGUUGAAACUGCCCGUCGUGGUGAAGAUAGCGGAAGCACACAAACGUACUCCAGCCCAGGUGUUGCUGCGGCAUCUACUACAGAGCGGCGCCGCUGCCAUACCCAAGAGCACCAAUCCGACGAGAAUAAAACAGAAUAUCUCAAUAUGGGAUUUCGAGUUGACUGACGAAGAAAUGAACGCGCUUUGCGCACUCGAUAAAGGGGAGGACGGGAGAAUUUGCGAUUUCUCCUUUUUCCCGGGAAUGGAAAAGCAUCCAGAGUUUCCAUUUAAAAAACAA